UUAUUUUAUAUUUAUUACUCUAUCAUGAAAUAUACAUUAAAAUCGUAAAUAUUUAACUUUGCGCGCAUUCCGCAAUUUGUAGAUUGUUGACUUACUCGCGGAUCAUACGUUGAUCUUCAGAGAGAUGUUGAAAUCUUUCAAUGAAGACCGUCGCACUUGACACCAGAUUUUGUGAUCAGAUCUCCAAAGACUAACGCAAUAUGAAUAAGUCUUUCGCGAAGCUCUGAAGUCGAUCUUCAACUAACUUGGAAUUUUUGCCUCAAAACUGAGGAGUAAAGGUAGCGGUUUGAUCAAAGAACAUCUUAUCAUGUGAUAAAAAGACUUUAUAAGUAAAAAGUCAAAAGAUGAAUUGCCCUUAAAGUAGUUGACUUAUAGUUCAUAUUAAGUAGUUUUGUUCUUUGUCUCCAGAUAAUGAUAGAUGAUGAUCGCGCAAAUUAGAACUAUCAUAAUUGAAAUAUUAAUAAACGUAGGAAGAGUAUAAAGCCUACCUUUCAAGUUAUGUCUCUCGAUAGACAAGAGAGAGAGAUACAGACCUCUAAUACGGUUGCCUUCUAAUUAGUCCAGUAUGAAUUGUUAAUGACAUUUGUCAGUUGUCCGAUAUGCAUGUGGGGAGAGACAAACCUACACGAUCAGUUAAGAAAAGUCAGAAUAUACGAAAGACUAACGAUACAUUUUCAACAGAUCAAACAUCGAAAAAUUCAUGGUAUUUGUUUUUUACCUAAUUACAACUUCAAUAUGUAAUUCGUGUCUCUCUUACAACAUUUUAUUUUCAAGUCAAUUUCUUCUUGCAAUGUGUGAAAAGAAAAAUGGAUAACAUCAACAAUUAUGUUCUUACUAAUAAAAAAAUUUUAAAGAUUGUAGGCCUAUAUCCAACAAGUAUUGUAAAAUAUAUUAUAUGUUGUAUGUGUAUGUUUGGCAUUGUUAUACCGCAAGCACUGCAAAUUUAUCACAAUUGGCGGGAUUUGGCUAUUGUAUUGGAAACAAGUUCAGUGUUGCUCACUAUCUUACUUGCUAUAUUAAAAUCCCUAGUUUGGAUGUACAAUAGAAAAAAGAUGGAUUCUUUUAUAAAAUACAUGUUAACAGAUUAUUGGAAAAUAAUGACAACAUAUGUUUUGAAACAUACAAAUAUACAUGCGAUAUAUGUAAGAAAAGGAUAUUUAUUUACUAUGGGAUAUUUGUUUUUAAUUUUUAAUUCUUUAGUAUUUUUCUACAGUUUACCUAUAAUUGAUAUAUUUAUCACCACAGUUAAAGGUACUAAUAAUAAUAGUACAAAACACUUUCCAUUUGUAGCUUUAUAUCCAAAGUUUUUUUACAAUUUUCCAUUAUAUCAGAUUGUUUACUUCUCACAAAUGCUAGCGACCAGCUUAUGUGGCCUCAUUAUCUUGGGAACUGAUACUUUAAUUGCAACAGCACUGUUUUUCACUUGUGGCCAUUUUAAAGUACUCCAAGAAAAGAUAAAAACUAUCAUGCAAAUAGAUCUUAAAAAAUACGCAUGUGAUAAAGAAAAUACUGUGAAAAACAUCAAAUUAGGAAUAAAAGAUAUUGUCAAGCAUCAUUAUACGAUUCUCUGGUUUUGCGAUGAUAUGGAAAUGCUUUUUAGUCCAAUGUUAUUUCUGCAGACAUUAGCCAGCAGUCUUAUAAUUUGUCUAGUAGGCUUCCAAAUUACAACUGCAAACAUAACUGCAGAUAUGAUUUCUAAAAUGCUUAAGUAUAUCUCAUACUUAUUUAUGGCACUCUUUCAAUUGCUGCUUUUUUGUAUUCCUGGUGACGCUCUAAUAAAUGAGAGUUCGGCGAUAAAAGAAACCGUGUAUUCAACUACUUGGUACGAAUUGCCGAUUUUAUUUAGAACCGUAAUAUGUUUGUUUAUAUUGCGUAGUCAAAGACCUAGUCAAAUUACUGCAGGAAAAUUCUAUGUAAUGCAUCUGGAGAAUUUCAACGUGGUAUUGAGCACUGCUGUCUCGUAUUUUAUGUUGAUUCGGACUAUAUAUAAUAAGGAAUAG